CCAACACUGUCAAAUCCAUGACGUCACUGGCGCAGUCGCACAGAAGCAGACAGCACUGCAGAGAGUAUCGAUUUUUAUGAUUGUAGUGUCUGUUUCGUUAGUUUUAGUGUCUUUUCAUGGGUAAUAUUGUGAAUGGGACGCUUAUUUGAGUCAUACCGUGUUGAGUGAGUGUGAAUAACACGGCCGAAUAAUGACGAAGGACAGACUAGCAGCGCUCAAAGCGGCGCAGAGCGAUGAUGAUGAUAUGGGCCCGGAUGAUGUGGCCGUCACGGUGGAAGGCCGUGAUGGCUUCAUGGAUGAAUUCUUCGCCGAGGUGGAGGAAAUACGGGAAAUGAUAGACAAGAUACAAGCAAAUGUGGAAGAGGUGAAGAAGAAACAUUCUGCCAUUCUCUCAGCGCCUCAAACAGAUGAGAAAGUGAAACAGGAGCUGGAGGAUCUGAUGGCUGACAUUAAGAAAACUGCCAACAAAGUCCGUGCCAAAUUAAAGGUGAUAGAACAAAGCAUUGAACAAGAGGAACACACCAACAAGUCUUCAGCAGAUUUAAGGAUACGCAAAACACAGCACUCCACUCUUUCGCGCAAAUUUGUAGAAGUAAUGACAGAGUACAAUCGCACACAGACCGAUUAUCGAGAACGGUGUAAAGGAAGGAUACAGCGACAACUUGAGAUAACCGGUCGAACAACCACUAAUGAAGAACUGGAAGAAAUGCUGGAGCAGGGUAACUCUGCUGUGUUUACCCAGGGUAUUAUCAUGGAAACUCAGCAAGCCAAGCAGACUCUUGCUGAUAUCGAGGCUCGGCACGCCGACAUCAUCAAGCUGGAGAACUCAAUCCGAGAACUCCACGACAUGUUUAUGGACAUGGCCAUGCUCGUUGAAAGCCAGGGUGAGAUGAUCGACCGCAUUGAGUACCAUGUGGAGCACGCAGUGGAUUAUGUGCAGACUGCGACUCAGGAUACCAAGAAGGCACUCAAGUACCAGAGUAAAGCGCGACGGAAGAAGAUCAUGAUCCUGAUCUGUGUCUCUAUCCUCAUCAUCAUUCUGUGCUCCUUUGUCGCUUCAUAUAUUCCCUUUUAAGCCUUUCUCUUUGUCUGGGAUGCAUGGAUACUGCUUGCCCUGUAUUACACCUCUACGCCUUCGGCCUUCACAGCCACACACACCAUGGUCCAUGAUGAUUGCCUGCCAUGGUGAGGCCUUGCUCCGCCUCCGCCGUGCUGUGCUACCGUGCUGUACCCUGUUCUGCACGGAUCUGCUAGCAAAUGUGCCAUUCUCAUCACUGUUCCUUGUGGACUGUGACAUCUCUACUUCAACCCUUUUUUUGUUUUUGUUUUUCAAAUUUGUCUGCCCUUUUGAUGUGUUAAUAAUUAAGUGUUUUCACAAACCGAAAACGUUUAUGUAGGAUGCAUUUUAAUUAUUAAUAUUUGUCCUAGUUUCCUGAUAUCUCGAUUUGUAUUUUGAAGACUAUUUCCUUGUUAAACUUGUUCUUACCAUGUUAUGAGUGAGAGUAGAUAAGUAGGCAUAUGUAGAGGAACCUCUCAAAGACUUAGGAUUGUAUGCAAGCUCGCAGCUCACUGCUGAAAUGCGCCCAGGCUCUAUGCCAUCUAUCGCCAUAUUCCAUACAUCUUUUUAUACAUCUCAAUUCGCACCCCCUUAGCUCUUAUGUUUUUUUAUGUGUAAAUUUCUUGUGAAAGCGAGCUAAGAAACCAUGACACUUCCUCUGUGAAAUAGGCCAGCUGCCAGGCAGUCUUUACCUCUCUGUUUGAAGUGCACAGAGCUUCAGUCUCGAGCUUUACUGAUCUGUGGAUGUUAUUUCUCAUUCAGGGUGCUCCUCUUUUUGUUGGAGACUGUGUAGAAAUAAUCUAUUUUGCAGAGAUAAACACGGGCUUUCUCUCAUGGCAAUCCAGUGGGAAUUGCCGAAUUUUUAAAAUUUGAGUUUUUAGUGUUCUGAAGAAAAUUGCAGAGGGUAUCAAUAAAUUGUUUUUGGUCUUCUCUUGUACCUAGAGGCCAAUCUAUUUGUGCCUGACAGGACAGAUUGUAGUCAAGCCACAAAACUUUAUUCUUUUUUCAUGAUAAGGAUUUGUUUACCCACUGCUUUCUAGUAUUUCUGGGCUCAAAUUGAGCGGGCCAUAGAUAAUUUAAAUUGAUUCCUCAUUGAUACCUUCAACCCUGAUGUAAAUGUACAUUCCUCUGUACAGAAAUGUACAUAAUUUUCAAUCAACGCCUUAGGUAUUUUAUAUAGAUUCAAAAGCGCUAGUGAUGGUGAUGGUGUGAAUGUUUGCGCGGCUGUAUGAAUGUAUAUGUUGGGAGGUUAAUGUUUGUGUGUGGGUCUUGAUGACGUGAAGGGAAACUACCUAGCUGUGUGUAUGUGUCUUCAGGUUCGAUUGCACAGUGUGUGCACUGUAUGAGGCACAAGAGGGGAUGGAAAAGGAAAAGGUUCAUAUGGGUGGUCCCUGAUUAUGCUCAGUCACUUUUGUUGAGAAAAGCACAAACCGUAGCUAGGCCAAGACUUAAAUCCUUCACGCAAGUAGAUUGCGACUGAGGUCGGGUGAUUUCACUUUAGAAGUACGAGUCUUUGAAAUUUUCUCUCUUUUAAGAAAGCAUUCAAUUUAAGCUGAGAGGCAUGGGGUUUAUAGGACAUUUUGGUCCCUUUACUUUUGUUAUAAUUAAUCUAGUUGUAGCUGGUUGUAGCCGGCCUAUGGCACCUGACUCAAGUUAGGUAUGCGGGUGAGCCUUGUUAGGUUGCCAGGUAGUAUUUUUCGGGUCUUGCUUAAAAGUUUUUCUUUUUCUUUUAAUUUCAUUUUUGUGUCUGAAAUUCAAAGCAGAGCUUUUGUCAAAACAAAUAUUUUUAAAUUGCUGUUUUUGAGGAAAAAAAAAUUGGUGGGCAAUUUUAUAAAAUUGUCAUUUUUCUGUGCUUUUCAAAAGUUAUUUCCACUGAAGUUUCAAAAACUUUGAUGUCAGCAAAAUGGUCAUGAAUUGUGUGAUUAAUAUUAGCAAUAGAAAUCGUGCUCCACUGCCCCGGCGAACACCGAAUACACUUAAUAGGAAUCAAAAUUUCAAUUAUGAAAGUAUUUCUUAAAUUGUAUAAAUUUUGUGUAUCUGUUAGGGAGCAUCAGAUCUGGUGAAAGGUUUGCUGUAGCAAUAACUGCAGUGUAAGCUCGAGCGUGUCACAGCAACCAAUUUGACAUGGGGGUCAUGGUGGACAAAAAAAUGGUCAUAGUGUGAUACUUUAUGAAUUAUACAUAUAUGAAUACUUGCAUACAACCUGUACAUAAUUGAAGUAGGCAUUGUAAUAUAACAAUUUAUUCAUUUUUCUCACUCUUAUCUGUAUGAUUGCGGGUGAAUUGCAUGUUACUAUUUUAAUAAUAAUUCUGUUUCAUUAUUUUCAUCACUGAUUUUUAAAAGAAUUUUUUGUCACAAAAAAUACCUUACCAAAAACUGACAAUUGUUCCUUGUAUUCAAGGUGCUGAUGCGACUGUUACAAUAUCUGGAGUUUAGUCACCUAUCCAGACAAUAAUUGCCACCAUCAUGGAACUUUCUCAAGUUCACUGAUUAUAAUUUUUUAAAAGCUAUUUUUAUUUCUUGUCACAGUGAAAUUUUGUGUAUUAACAUGAAAAUUUAUAUGUUAUUAGGUUUUUUAUUGGUUUGGUGCUCUCUGUGGACUGAGAAUGCCUUAUUGUCCAUCAGUGUUCAUGGUAAAGAUCUCGUACUUGUAGAUGAGGUUUUCAAACUUAUUCUUUGUUGCGAUGGCCUAAGUUCGGUCUAUCUUGCUUGUAGGGCUGUACUGCGCCCCAAUCAUAGGCACUUGACAAAGAUUUUCAGAAGAACCUUAGUGCCUGAGAGACUUUUUGAACCUUGUCAUUCAGUCUCUGAAGCUCAUAGAAUUGUCAAUGCAGGUUCAAAUUUGCUUCUCUCUUUAAUCAUUUUCUCAUUUUCUUUGGACUAAAGUUCUUUUGGAAAUUAUUAUUUCUACACAUUCAUAAUCAGUUUUGAAGAGCCAUUAACUGCCUGUUAACUGAGGUGGCUUCCUAAUCUAAGCUUUUGUUCAUUGAUCAUUUUAAAAUAGUUCAGCAACAAACUUUCCAUUAUUUUGCACCUAGUCUUUUUCCAAGUCAUGUGUAUGUAUGUAUGUAAAUAGAAGACUGUGGUAUUGUUGAUGGAUUUCAAUGAAACUAUAGCCUUUAGAACACUCAAUUAUGGCUUGGUUUUUAUUUCUUUGCAACAAUGAAUGUAUAGAGAUUUUUAUAUGGCAAGAUAAUUUUGUCAUCCACGAAAUGCUUUUGUGAAUGCCAUCAUCCAUAAGAGUCGUUCAGUUGCAACAAUUGUUGUUAUAUUGUUAUGGAGUUUAUCAAUGAAAAUCUUGUUACGCUUGUGAUGCUUCUUUAAGAAGGGUCCUUUUCUGUUUCAUGUUCAUGUAUAUGAUCAGGCUCAUAAUGUUAGAGCUUUAAAAGCUUACAUUUAUCAUGAAACUAACAUGAAAUGGCAAAUUUUGGUCACCUCUUUGUAUGUCCCUCUGUCCUGCUUUUGAUAUGGACAAUGCUUUUGUUUCAUGCUGACUUCACUGGCUUGCUUUAUCAUGUGAGCAAGGUUCACACCCAGCACUAAUAUAUAAUAUCCUCCCUGGAGUUUUGUUGACUUGGGUAGGGGGUCUUUACCUGAUUGAGCCAGGACAUCUUGGCUUAAAUUAAUGUGAAUUGCUUGGAGCUUAAGGAAAGAGCCAAAAUCGUGUUCAAACUUUUGGGUCAAGUGUGCCCUGUUUUUAUUAUCAAAAUCAUAACUUAACAAAAUCGUGUAUAAAGAUUUUUUUUCCUUUUGUAAGGAGCACUUAAACUGCUGCUUUUAAUGAGUAAUUACACAUCCUUCUUGUACUGUGUUUAGUAUCAAAGAUUUUUGUGCUUUUUGCAAGGAAGACAUUAGUGCUAGAAAAAGUGACAUUGUCAGAAUUUCACCUUUAUUCUUCUAAUAAUGUAUUUUAAACUGUGACUAAUAAUUGUUUGUUGCUCGUUGUGAAAGGGCAGGUUGGGUAGUGGCUUCUACCAACGCAAAUGUAUUUCCCCUCCCCCAAUUCUGUGCUUGUGCUCGGGUGUGCAUGGCUUGUUUCAGGCAUGGCUUGGGAUUCUGUGUCAUUGGUACCCAUUAUUAAUACUAAAUAGUUAGUUCUGAUGGAACAAAUUAGUGCCUGAAAGUAUUGUGAAGAAACACUCCUUGGUUGGUUUCCAUCUUUCUUCAACUUGUACAAGUUGAACAAACAAAAAUCUCUGUUGAUUUGUAGCACACCCACUUGUGUGGUCUGGAUAAGAAUGGUGAUUUAUAUUUUUUAUUUUGGAAAGCACCCAGUUUGACACAUAUCCCUGUCUUAAUAAGAAGCGCUGUGUAAAAAGUAGGUGCAUGGUGUAUUGGUCAAUCUUCAGCAAAAUAGUCUGAUAGUAGUUUUAUGGUCAAGGCAACAUAGCAUUUUAUGUAUUAGGUAAUUUAAAGCAAUGUUUGAAAUUCUUGUAGACACCAUGUGCCUAUUUGAACCACUGUUCUUCCUGCCCUCUCGCUUCUAUUAUCUCUUCAUGUUUCAGGUGACGUGACUAGUUAUAGUUGAACAAUGUCUCGUAAGUGUCAAUUUCCAAUAAUUAUUGUUACGGUAAUUUAAAUUUCAUCCAUAUGUGCAUCAUGAAUAAGAUUUUAUUAAGAUGCAGAAAUAUACAAAUGUAACGGAUAUAUUAUACAUGAGUAAAAACUAAGUGAGAUUCUAAGAUAUAAUUUCAGAGGUUCUUUCAGUUUUGUCAUAGAAGAGUAGCAAGAGGAUAUAGUACUGUGAGCAAAUGAUGCGUUUCUUCUUAUACUUUGAAUGUAUUCACUUUACAAAAGGCAAUACUAUCUCCCAUGGUCAUCGCACUGUGUUCUCUGUUCAAUUCUCUUUUGGUCGUCCUCAACCCAACUUGUUUCAUUUGUGGUGAUUGUGGGAUCUAAAAUUGUGAUGACUUCAAUGUGUCCUUUUAAUUGUUAAUUAAUAAAAGAGCACAAAUAAGU